AUGAAUCACUCAAGAGCUUACUUAUUACUGGAAAGAGAGUAUAUAGAUUUUGAAAAAGCCAACAUCUUUGGCAUUUCUGUUACUCCUGUGACAGACAACUUCAUGGAAUGGGCAGCUGAAAUCGAAGGACUGAAGGAUUCCCUAUGGGAAGGAGCUGCACUCCAAAUAUCAAUGAAGUACACCGAAGGCUACAAUAUCAUCCCUCCAUGCCUCACUUUCAUCACUAUUCCUUUCCAUCCCAAUGUCGAUCCUAAGUCUGGGAGACCUUGUGUGGAUUUUCUAGAUGACCCUACCAUGUGGGACACCAAGUUAACGAUGACUAAUAUCCUACUUAGUCUCCAGGUUUUGCUGUCUAAUCCAGUUUUGAAUAAUGCAGUGAACUUGAAUGCAGCUCAAAUGCUACGGGACAAUUAUCCCCUGUAUAGACAAAGAGUUAUACAGUGUGUCAGAACUAGCCAGCACCUAGAAGCUCAUCCCAGUUUGGGAAGAUCUGGCAUUUCACUUAAGUUUCACCAUCCAUCCGAAGAAUAUGUUCCUACCCAAAGGAGAAAGUUUACAGCUGUAUCAUAUGAAGAUUAUUAUUUGACAUGGGUUCAGAUUGCCACCUCAAAAGCAGCUAAAGAUUUUAAAACCCCAGUGUUUGAAGACCCAAAGUUCAUAGGAAAUUACUACGACUGGAUUGCAGACAAUGUGGCCAAAGGAGAAUGGGAUGAAAAUAUUUUUCGAUUUUUUGUCUAUGAAUUUAUUGAAAAACAAAAGAGACAAAGGUUGUUAGAAAGCCGGACAAGCAGUCACCGUAGCCUAAGCCCAUCUCCAGUAUCUGGAUCUCAAAGGACUUCUGCUUUCGAACUUAAGAAGCAAGCCAGAAGCCAAGAUGAGGAGCAAUGGGAGAAAGAAGCAGAAGAUCUAGUACUCUGGUCUACAAAUCUUGAUCAAAGAGGAUGGGAUUAA